AUGUUGAAGAACUUCACUAUCGAUACGUACAUCCAUGUGAUUACCACGCAGGCCAAGAAGAACAGAUACCCAAAAGCCAUCGUAGAGCAACAGAUGAAAAUCAUGAAUAAAAAGUUCGCUCCCUACAGCUUCCAAUUCCGCACAAAUGACAUCAACUACACUGUCAGCGACCGCUGGGCCACUUUCGACGGCAUCAAAAAGCACAGCGCAAAGGCCGAUCCCGUGUUGGCGCAAGUGGAAGAGGAGUUCAAAACAAUGUUACACAAGGGGAACUACUCAACUCUGAACAUCUACGUCUUGAGCGACAUGGAAUGGGCCUAUGGAAGUGCCGCAGUUCCGCUCGUGAAUCCGACCCCUAUGGAAGUCAUCGCAGACGGUAUCAUGCUCUCGGCUAAGACGAUGCCAGGCGGAGCGGUCAACAAGUAUGGAGUGUACAACCUCGGCUACACUGCGAUUCACGAAACCGGCCACUGGCUCGGUCUGAACCACGUCUUCUCCGAAGACCGGACGGGGUCCUCAGUACCGUUCUGCGGUGACAGCGGCGAUGAUGUCGAUGACACGCCGGCCCAGAUCACCCCGACCCGGGGUUGUCCGAAAAAGAAGGACAGCUGCCCUCAGCAGCCUGGCAAGGACUCGAUCCAUAAUUACAUGGAUUACAGCGCAGAUUCGUGCAUGACGGAGUUUACGUGGGGCCAGAAGAUGAAGAUGGAACAGUCGUUUGCGGAGUACCGGAGGGGCAGGUAG